GGUGCUUCGGUCUCAGUGGAAGAUACCAAUAUCUUCUAUCUUGCUUCCCAUUGUGGGAUAUGCGGCAGAGCAUGCAUGUGCUAUUAUGUUGGCCAUGAAACACAAGCCUGAUGGAGUUCGAUGAUGAAGCUGAGCACAGAAGACUUUUCAGAGUAGAGACAAAUUCCCCACAAAUAAAGGCAGUUUUCUCGUUGGAGCAAGGAGGAUCUCUUUCAGCCAAAACACCAAAGAACACCGUGAUCAAGAGCUUCAAGAUCGUGAUUUUGUCCAAUAAACUCAAUCUUUUGUUGCCGUUCGGUCCUAUAGCGAUACUAGUCCACUAUUUGACAGAUAACAAGGGAUGGUUUUUCUUACUGAGCUUAUUAGGAAUUACACCAUUGGCAGAACGUCUCGGGUACGCUACAGAGCAAUUGGCUUGUUACACAGGUCCAACUGUUGGAGGCCUCCUAAACGCUACAUUUGGAAACGUGACAGAGCUGAUUAUAUCCAUUAUUGCUCUUAAAAAUGGAAUGAUACGCGUUGUACAACUGACGCUGCUCGGCUCCAUUCUGUCCAACAUGUUGCUUGUACUUGGCUGCUCCUUUUUCUGUGGCGGCUUUGUAUUCUCUCGGAAACAGCAAGUGUUUGACAAAGGGAAUGCGGUUUUGAAUUCAGGAAUGCUUUUGAUUGCAGUGAUGAGUCUACUCUUCCCUACACUUCUUUAUUACACGCAUAGUGAGGUUCGUGCUGGUUCAUCAGAGCUGGCUCUUUCGAGAUCAACCAGUUGCAUAAUGCUCGUUGCCUAUGCUGCUUAUCUCUUUUUCCAGUUGAAAAGCCAGCCAAGUUUUCUUACUGAGAGCGAAGAAACUUCUGAUGAUGAUGAAGUUCCUGAGAUAUCCAAGUGGGAAGCUAUCAUCUGGCUUCUAUUCUUUACGGCUUGGGUCUCUCUUCUUUCCGGUUAUCUUGUCGAUGCCAUAGAGGGAGCUUCAGUCUCAUGGAAGAUGCCUAUCUCGUUUAUCAGUGUCAUCGUGCUUCCUAUAGUUGGUAAUGCAGCCGAGCAUGCAGGUGCUAUUAUGUUUGCCAUGAAAGACAAGUUGGAUCUGUCUUUGGGAGUGGCUAUUGGAUCUUCAAUUCAGAUUUCUAUGUUUGCGGUUCCUUUCUGUGUGGUCAUUAGUUGGAUGAUGGGUGGUCAAAUGGAUCUGAACUUCCAGCUAUUUGAGGCAGCUACACUGUUCAUAACUGUUAUAGUUGUAGCUUUCUUUCUCCAGGAAGGGACAUCAAAUUACUUCAAAGGAUUGAUGCUCAUUCUCAGUUAUUUGAUUGUCGCUGUUAGUUUCUUUGUACACCAAGAUCCUAAUCAAGGUUAAUGUUGGUUUUGUUAUUUCUUCCAUCAUGUAUAUGAUGAUAAUACAUAAUAUUUAAAAAUAAAACCAUGUUUCAUCACGAA